CUCCAAGCUCAACGCCAUCACCCAAGCCUUCAAUCGUCCUUUGAUCAACCCAACGAGCUUCAAGAGCAUCUGCACUUCUUCCACUCCAGCUUCACACACCAAUUACGAUGUCAGACAUGGGAGAUUCCUUGAUCUAUUGCCCGGUGUACGCGCCAUUCUUUGGCGCUAUGGGCUGCACUUCCGCCAUUGUAUUCACAUGCUUUGGUGCUGCAUAUGGAACCGCAAAAUCUGGUGUCGGUAUUUGCGCUAUGGGUGUUCUCCGACCCGAUUUGAUCGUCAAGAAUAUCGUCCCGGUCAUCAUGGCUGGUAUCAUCGGUAUCUACGGUCUCGUCGUGUCUGUCUUGAUCUCCGAUGGGCUUCAUCAACAGUUGCCUCUGUACACUGGUUUCAUUCAACUCGGUGCAGGAUUGAGUGUCGGAUUGGCCGGUUUGGCUGCAGGAUUCGCCAUUGGUAUCGUUGGUGAUGCUGGUGUGAGGGGUACCGCACAGCAACCUCGCCUUUUCGUUGGCAUGAUUCUCAUUCUUAUUUUCGCUGAAGUCUUGGGUCUUUACGGGCUGAUCGUUGCCCUUCUCAUGAACUCGAAGGCGAGCUUGGAUGUCUCGUGUUAAACGUGGACACCACGUGGGAAAGGGGAAAGGGAGCCAAUGACAAUUGAGAAUAUUCUUCUCCCCUAGAACUACAUGUGGCUAUGGAGAUCGGGGGUUACGGGGGAUCUGGG